AUGGCUUCGGCUAACUUCUUCCCUUAUUCAGUAAACUCUUUAGUUCGUUUAAUUGUCCAAUUCCCAUUGUUUGCCUAUAUUGUUGGUUUCUUGGAAGAUUUCGUAAUUGGGAUCAUGAGAACUGGCCCGAUCCCAAAACAUAUAGCAUUGAUAAUGGAUGGAAACCGUACUUAUGCCAAGAAUCAUCGUCUUCCUUUGAAAGAUGGUCAUUUUGCAGGUGCUAAUGCUUUGGUUAAAGUUCUUGAAGUUUGUUACAAGGUUGGAAUAGAUCAAGUUACCAUCUAUGCGUUUUCCCUUGAAAAUUUUAAUAGGUCAAAAGAAGAAGUUGAUACCUUGUUUGGAAUGCUUCGUGAUAAACUUAAGUUGAUUUCUGAAAAUGAAGAAUCUUAUGCUAGAUACAACAAAGUUCGUAUCAAAGUCAUUGGAAACCGCUCGUUUAUCCCUGAUGAUAUUUUAAAAGAUUUAGAGUACAUUGAACAGAUAACUAAAGAAAAAUCAUCACGCAAAACCUUACAUGUUUGCUUCCCUUAUACUGCUCGUGAUGAAAUCACCCAUUCAAUUAAGUCUAUCGUUCAGAAACGGGUUCUUGGUGAAAUUGAAUCCCAAGAUGAUAUUACAGCUGCUACCAUUGAAGAAAACUUCUAUUUUGGCAAGGAUGUGUAUCCUUUGGAUAUAUUGGUUAGAACAAGUGGACAUACUAGAUUAAGUGAUUUCAUGCUCUGGCAAUGUAAUGAAGGUUGUACCAUUGAGUUUCCUGACGUGUUAUGGCCAGAUUUUGGGUUUUUAUGUAUUGUCUCGGUUUUGUUCAAGUGGAGUUAUUAUAAGACUAUACAAUUAGAAGAAGAAGCAAUCCAAGGUAAAAAACCUAACCUUAAGGAAGUUAUUCCUCCUGUAUUGCUUCAUGAAUUACCUUCACCUCCACCAGCAGCAUCAGUUUCUCGAAAGUAG